CUGCGGGCCGCGCUGCCUGCACCUGGGGCGGUGGGAGCCCGAUCCCUGCUUGCUGAAGCCAGACGCCCCAAGAAGUGCGGGGCAAGUCUUAAGUCGAAGACGCAGUUUCUGACGCCGAAUUUGGCCCCCAGAAGCUCCGAGAGACCCCAGGAGGCUAGUACCUGGAUAAGUUUUGACUGUGUCUGAUGGUUUUCCAGAAAGUUUACCUGACUCCUGAAAAACACCUCCACGACCUUCCUUACCCCUGCCGUCCAUACCACUGGCCCCUGGACCAGCCCUGAUACUCAUCUUCAUCCCUACAGUCCACACCACCUGCCAUCGGGAUCUCACCAGAGGUCGGGCCCCUUCCCUCCCAAGGCCCAGACACCUGUGCACAGAGCCCAGGGAAAAAGGAGGCUUAGCCAGUGACCCAGGAAAAGAGAACUCUCCCUCUAAGAGGAAAGACACAGCUCUCAGAGAAAAAAUCCACAACACACAAUGCUGGCGAUUUUCCAUGUGAAUGGAAGUGGUCAAGAUGCUUAAGUGAAACUCAUUGAAGGCAGCCACUUGAGGGAGAUGAGAAGGCUAAACUAAGCAAAGUAAAAGCCAUCAGCAAACUAGAAACAACUUCUGACUUAUCACCACAUCUCACCCACCUAUUCCUUUGGAUAACUUUGAAGCAAACCCCAGAUGUUAUAUUACUGCAUUGAUGAUGAAAAAUGAAGAGAUAAAAGUUGAUAAAGGAUCCUAGAAGUCUUCCUUUCUAUUCUGAGCUUGAGAGGCAGCCAACUGUAGUGGCUGAGAGUGGAGAGCUGAAGCAAGGCCAUUGGUUUUGAACUACAGCAUCGCCACUUACUGUGUGACCAUGGGCAGUGUUAUCCUGGAAGAAGAACAGGAAAUUAAUGCCCACUGAUAUGCUGGUGUGUUGGGUAUGCUCUCAGCUCUGAUCACAUGGCAACAGUAGCUGCACUUCAAGGACCACUGCUGGACACUCCCUCUGGGGAGGGCAGCUGCUGGUGACCCAGGAGCCACAUUCAUCCAGGAUCUAAGUAUUUUCCUGAUGGAAGAGCAGAAUGCACGUGCAGCAUGGCUGCAGACAUGCUAGUGAAGUGGGUCUGUGUUGGAUCUCAGCUCUGAUCACAUGGCAGCAGCAGCUGCACUUCAAGGACCACUGCUGGACACUCCCUCUAGGGAAGGCAGCUGCUGGUGACCCAGGAGCCACUUUCAUCCAGGAUCUAAGAUGCAGCUUCCUCCAGCAAGCCCUUCCUGACCAACACAGCUGAACUAAAUAUCCUCUCCUAUGGCUUCCAGUGUGGCCCUCUCUUCCAGGAGGCUACAUGUAUAAACUGAGUUUCUAGUCUGCCUCCUCCACUGUAUGAGGCAAAGGUAUAGUGAGUGGUGUUCAAGUCACACAGGAACUUGCUGUCAUGGAGGAAAAAGGACCAAGCAAAAGAGGUGAUCUGUACAUCUACAUUGUGGUCAUUCUUUCUUCUCAAGAGUAUGGAGAACGACGUAUUAAUCCAUCAUUUACAGUGAAAUUAUUUACAGAAUUUUAGUGAGUCUCAAUCAAGUAUCCAUGUUGACUUCUGGGAUUAUGGAAGAAAGGAACCAGACCAGCAGUUUUGAGUUCCUCCUCUGGGGACUGUCAGAUCAGCCAGAACAACAGCACAUGCUCUUCCUGGUGUUCCUGUGGAUGUACCUGGUCACUGUGGCUGGCAACCUGCUCAUCAUCCUGGCCAUUGCCACCGACACACGUCUCCACAUGCCCAUGUACUUCUUCCUUGCCAGCCUGUCUUGUGCAGACAUCCUUUUCGUCUCCACCACCGUGCCCAAGGCCCUCAUGAACAUCCAGACCCAGAGCAAAUCUAUUUCCUAUGCGGGAUGCCUGAGUCAGCUCUACUUCUUCUUGACUUUUGGGGACAUGGACAUCUUUCUCUUGGCCACAAUGGCCUAUGACCGCUACGUGGCCAUCUGCCACCCUCUCCACUACACGAUGAUCAUGAGUCCCCGCCGCUGCACCAUCCUGAUCACUGUCUGCUGGACCCUUACAAAUAUUGUUGCUAUGGUCCAGACCUUACUCACACAUCGACUUUCCUUCUGCUCUAACAGAAUUAUUCCUGACUUCUACUGUGAUGUGGAACCCUUGAUAAGGUUGUCUUGUUCUGACACUAAGAUCAAUGACCUUGCCGUCCUCUUGCUUGGGGGAGCAGCCAGUUUAGGUCCCUUUACAUUCAUCCUGAUCUCUUAUAUCCGCAUUGUUACAGCCAUUCUCAGGCUCCCCUCUGCCCAGGGGAGGCGCAAGGCCUUUUCUACCUGUGGGUCGCAUCUUGUUGUUGUUGCCCUGUUCUUUGGAACGGUGAUCAGGGCUUAUAUUUUCCCCUCAACCUCUCCCUCCUCCAACUCAGUAGAAAAGAAUACAGCAGCUGCUGUAAUGUACACAGUGGUGACUCCUCUGCUAAAUCCCUUCAUUUACAGCCUGCGGAACAAGGACAUGAAGGGAGCUUUGGGGAGACUUCUGAGGGGGCAAGUCCCCUUUUUGAGAGGCCAGUAACUUUGCAGAGAAACUACAGGAAACUUGUGUCUUCUCAACCUUCUUUUUCUUGAAUGAAUGAAUCCUGCUUCAAUAAAGACAAAAACAUACUUCAGAUAUAUUUUUGCAGUAGUGAAGAUAUGGGAAACAACCUCAAACUCCAUUGAUUGGUGAAUGAGUACAAAAUAUGUGAUACAGACACACAUACACACACAUAAUGGAAUAGUCGUCAGUCAUAAUAAAAUGAAAAUUUUCCAUUUGUGACAAUAUGAAUGAAACUUAAGGAUCUUGCACUAAGUGAAUUAAGUCAGAUGGAGAAUAUAUUUCCACUCAUAUGUGGAAUACAGAAAAAGCAAAAGAUCAAAUAAAAUAAAAGAGAAACAGAUUCUUAGAUAGAGGAUAUAUGUAUUGUUACCCGAUGACUAUGGAGGUGACACAGGUAAAUUGGGUGAAGAAGGUCAGUUGCAUGGUGAUUUAUGGAAAGUAGACUUUAGAUGAUGGUCAUGAGUUAGUGUGUACAUACAUAGAAUUAUAAUCCUGUAAAUCUGAAGCUACUACAAAU